AUGUUUUUCUGUGAACGGGUGGAGGAGCUCGACGACCGGUGGGUCGUCGUCAUGGAAUACGUUCGGACCAGACACUGCGUGACGGAGGCCAACAAUUGCAAGGGGCAGGUGAAAGCACAUCUGAGGAAGGCCGUGAAGGAGUUACGUGAACUUGGCCUGGUGCGUGGCGAUCUACGACAUGUGAACGUCCUGAUAACGGACGAAGGGGCCAUGCUCGUUGAUUUCGACUGGGAAGGAAAGGUGGAGCAUGCAACAUAUCCGAUGAAUCUCAACGGAGAUGUGGAAUGGCCGAGAGGCGGAUAUGUUGAGGAAGCUACAGGAGUGGGUGGAUGGAUGGCGGUGAGGAGGGGGGCUAGUGAUAUACUGGCUGUACCACUGCGGAUGCCGGUCGAUGCAGUCGUCCAGGUUCACUAG